GGGGGGAGCGCUGCCUGCCCGCCCGGGGUCCCAGGGGUGACGAGCGCGGCCGGAGGCGCAGCGCGGGUAGGGCGGGCGGCAGCGGCUGGAGCGGCCCCCCCGGGGAGCGGCCGGGUGUCCGGCCAGGCGCGUGGGGCCGCCGGGACUUGGAGCAAGUUGGGGAAAGUCCGCGGCGGGGCGGGCGGCGGGCGCUGACCUUCACGGGAGGCAAUUCCUUUGUGCCUCGGGAAGAGCUGUGACCUGCCCCACACGUGCACCAUGGCGUCGCGUAUCGGCCUGCGGAUGCAGCUUAUGCGGGAGCAAGCGCAGCAGGAGGAGCAGAGGGAGCGGAUGCAGCAGCAGGCGGUGAUGCAUUAUAUGCAGCAGCAGCAGAUGCCGCUGGCCCCCACGCCUGCCAUCAACACUCCAGUCCAAUUCCAAUCCCCACCAUCCGUGCCGGGAGAGGUCUUAAAGGUUCAGUCGUACUUGGAGAACCCCACAACGUAUCAUCUGCAGAAGUCACGGGACAAGAAGGUCCAGGAGUAUAUCUCUGAAACCUACGGGAACAAGUUUGCUACUCACAUCAGUCCUAUCCGGCACUCUCCAAAGCCUCCCCCUGCCGCCUCGCCGGGCGUCAGGCCCGGCCAUGUCAUGUCCUCUUCAGCCGGCAACAGCGCCCCCAACAGCCCCAUGGCCAUGCUCAACAUCAGCUCCAAUCCGGAGAGGGAGAUAGACGAGGUCAUUGAUGACAUCAUGCGUCUGGAUGACGUUUUGGGCUAUAUUAACCCGGAAAUGCACAUGCCCAACACCCUUCCAAUGUCCAGCAGUCACAUGAAUGUAUAUAGUGGUGACCCCCAGCUGACGGCCUCCCAGGUGGCUGUCACCAGCAGUUCCUGCCCCGCUGACCUCACUCAGAAGAGAGACCUGACAGGUAACGCAUAUGCCGAGAACCGUGCCUUGGCUAAAGAGCGUCAGAAGAAGGACAAUCACAACCUGAUUGAAAGAAGACGAAGGUUUAACAUCAAUGAUCGCAUCAAAGAACUCGGAAUGCUGAUCCCAAAAGCCAAUGAUCUGGAUGUUCGCUGGAACAAAGGGACAAUCCUGAAGGCCUCGGUUGAUUACAUCAGGAGGAUGCAGAAGGACCUGCAGAGGUCGCGGGAUCUGGAGAAUCACUCUCGGCGUCUGGAAAUGACGAAUAAGCAGUUACUGAUCCGUAUCCAGGAGUUGGAGAUGCAGGCACGCCUCCAUGGGCUGCCCGCCUCCUCACCCUCCGGCGUGAACGUGGCAGAACUAGUUCAGCAGGUCGUGAAGCAAGAAGUGACCGGAGAGGAUGGGUCGAUGGAGCCUCAGCAGCCCCAGCUACCUCCAGACCAUGAGACGCAGCAACAGCCACCCCUGCCGCUGCUGCCUCCGUCUCCCUACCAGCUGGACUUUACCCAUGGCCUGAGCUUUGAUGAUGGCUCCAGAGGGUUCCGCGACCAGCUGGACCCCAGCCACCAUGUCUCUUUCCCCUCUUUAUCCAAGAAGGAGCUGGACUUGAUGCUGAUGGAGGACACCAUGUUACCUCUGGCUUCUGACCCCUUGUUCUCCGCCAUGUCCCCCGAGGCCUCCAAGGCCAGCAGUCGCAGGAGCAGUUUCAGCAUGGAGGAUGCUGACAUGCUGUGACAAGGAGCCGCUCGGAGCCUGGGGAAAAGGACGAGGAGUGAGGCUUGUCGGUGAAGACACGCCCCCACCCAAGAGGACCCCAGCCCACACUUGAGCCUACAUAGAAAUACAUUUCUCUAUGCAAGCGUUGUCACAGUCACUGGGAAAGUCAGACCCUUGUUGCUACAACUUGAUCUGCAAACUUUCUUGCUUUGCCAUUAACUAAGCGGAGCUCCCUGGCUUCGAAUGACCCUAGAUUUACAGCCCAGCUGCCUUGCCUUUCAGCUAAACUUCCCACAAGCCACAUGCAGUGCAGGAGUGGAGGCUGGAAGCCGGGCUGUCAGGUAUGAGAAGGAGCCUUCGAGUCCUGGUGGAGGCUAACAGGGGGCUUGUCGCUCAGAGCGCCUUGCUGCAAAUGUGCAUCCAGCCAAGCUUUACCACGUGAACCCGUGUUCCCUCAAAGUCUUCCCAAGCCCUGGCGCUAUCGCCCUGAAGACAUCGGCAGAGGCUGCCUUGUACCGUGUUCCCGCAUUGGGCUUCCCCUUCUCUUUUCGGGCAGGGAUGUGCAGCUUUCCUGAGGGAGGGUGUGGUGUCCCUGGUCGUCACGGCAUAGGGGAGGUGUGUUUCUCAAGGCUCAUUGGGUAAGAAGGCUGCAGGGGGGAGGAGGAAGAGGAGGAGGAGGGUAAUCUGAACAAAUUAUUUAGUGAUACCAGAGGGACACUUUCAAAGCCGGGAGCAGGAGUUGGAUGCAACAGUCUCAUUUAUUUGUCACCUGGGUUUGUAAAGGUACCGGCUUUGAGAGUGGACCUAUUGAGACCCGCUCAACUUCCACCCUAUUAGAGAUGGGACCCAGCCUCCAACUUCGGAAGUGGGUUCCUAACCCUCGAAAGCGUGUAGGGGGUUGGGAUGCCGGUUUGGGCCCAUCUCUGCUUCCUCUCAGUCUGUUCAGAUGAAUCCUGAAACUUCCAAGUGAUAUUUGGUCAAAACCAUCAGUGUGCGCCUGGUAGGGAACUAAACCCUUACUGAUGUUUCCAGACACCAGCUCUGGCUUUGCACCCGCACUUAUUGGUGCCAGCCAUUUUGCACUAUAAAGCACUUGGGCAGCUUUUUCAAAUGCACCUAAGGGUGUGUUCACACUGCAGCUGGGAUAGGGUGACCAGAGAACAAGUGUGAAAAAUCAGGGUGGGGCGUAAUAGGCGCCUAUCUAAGACAAAGCCCUGAAUAUCGGGACUGUCUCUAUAAAAUCAAGACAUCUGGUCAUCCUAGCUGGAGCGAGCCUCCCAGCCUAGGCAGAUACCUGGUAGCCGGGCUCACGCUAACAGGCUAAGAACAGGAAUGUGCUGGUUGCAUCGCGACCCGGGGUUGAGAUGGGCUUGUACUCAGGCUGGCCUGCAUUGCUGCCUGUGCCGUGCCAUUUAUAUUGUGGUUUUUAGUGGGCUAGCUGGAGCAGAGCGAGCAUGUGUUCGCCUGCCUGAGCUGGGAGGCGCACUCCCAUCUGCACCCGUAGACGUGCCCUGAGUGACUUGCGACUACCGAGUAUGUCUUUGGGCUGCAUCUGAACCUGAGACCUGGGGGCAUAUGUGUGUGGGAACCUCCCCUAUGAACCACACCUGGAAAAGAGGUUUGCAUGUGCCCCUGUAAACUGAAACCUCCAAGUUGGGACCCUCAUACCCACAUCCCCAGUGCCUGAACCUAGCAAAUCAAGCUCAUGGAAGGCACCCUAAAUGACUGGUUCAGUUAUCGUCAGGGUGAGCUUAGAUCCCUUCUUCCGUUAAAACACUCAGAGGGCCAAAUCCUGGCAGGCUUUGAGUGCCCUCUGCUCCCAGUGAAAUAAGUGAGACCUGACUGAGUUGUUUUCUUUCUCAGUCUUUACUCAGGCAAGCCACCCAUUGGGGCCAGUGGGAGGUUUUGCCUGAGUUAAGGGGCCUCUGGGUUUGGCUCAGUGUGUUCAGUGUCAUCACGAACAUGUGGAAGAUGGCCACAUGAGGUCAAGGGACCUGGAUCCAAAUGCUUUCUGCUGAAAUGUCCAUGGGAGGGAAUUUUUCUGCCCUUAAAGAGCACAAACCCAGCCAGCAGGGCCGGCUCCAGCUUUUUUGCCCUCCCAAGCGAUGAAGCAGAAUAAAUA